CCUUUACACCACCUUAAUACAGUAAUCAUGUUGAGCACCAUUGCACGUUCCUGUUACGUCCGACCCAUCUUACCUCGUGUCAGUUUAUUUCAUACCUCAGCAUUAGUUAGAAACGCCACAGCCGAACCCACCACCACAAAUACCAGAAAGCCUUCUUCAGUACCAAAAGGAACAGUUUUAAAAGGUCUCCAAUAUUUAAAGGAUGGCCAAGAUCCAGUUGCAUUAGACGAUUCCGAAUACCCUGAAUGGUUGUGGGAGUUAUUGGAUGAAAAGAAAUUGAAGCAAAAGACGAGCAAACCUGUCAACCGUCAAUACCAUAGAAAGCAAAGCAGAGAAGCUAUUAAGGCAAUGAAUUUCAUGAAGGAUAAGAAGAACUAAAUUUUAUAACUCUGCUUGAGUUUUAUUCAAAAGGAUGAUGUAUUUUCCUUUAUUGUAUCAUACAAAAAAAUAGAUUUUUUAAAAAAAAAUAAAGAAUGGAAGUUUUUUUUUCUCUUUUUUUUCUCUCUCUCUUUUUUU